UCUCCCAGAGGGAGCGGUGGGAGAGGGAGGGAAGGGCAGAGGGAAGGUAGUGACACGUGUCAAUCAACCCCCCCCUGGGGGGGGCGCGCGCUCCGGGGCUCGCGCUGAGGGCUCGCGCCCCUGCCUCGUGCCUGCGCCGCUCGUAUGUAAAUGAGGGCGCGUGACGCGGGACGCAGAUGGACAAGGGAAGAGAGAGAAUGGCCGCCGCCGCCGCUGCUGCCGCCGCCGCCGCCGCUCAGUGCCGGAGCCCUCGGUGCGCGGCGGAGAGGAGAGGAUUCCGGCGGGAACUCGACUCUUGGCGCCACCGUCUCAUGCACUGUGUAGGUUUUGAGAGUAUUUUAGAAGGGCUUUAUGGACCACGGCUACGAAGAGACCUCAGUUUAUUCGAAGACUGUGAACCAGAAGAGCUGACUGACUGGUCUAUGGAUGAAAAAUGUUCAUUUUGUAAUCUACAGAGAGAAGCAGUCAGUGAUUGUAUACCAUCUCUUGAUUCUUCACAGUCAACACCAACGGAGGAACUAUCAUCUCAGGGCCAGUCCAACACUGAUAAGAUUGAAUACCAAGCAGAAAAUUACCUGAAUACACUCUUUCGAAAGAAAGGUAAUAUUGAUCUUCCUCAGAACUGUGAUCCUAACAUUCCCCUAGUUGCUCAGGAAUUAAUGAAAAAGAUGAUACGUCAGUUUGCAAUUGAGUACAUUUCAAAAAGCGGUAAAAUUCAAGAGAAUAGAAAUGGUUCAAUUGGACCAAGCCUAAUAUGUAAAAGUAUCCAAAUGAAUCAAGCGGAAAACUCCCUCCAGGAAGAGCAGGAAGGCCCCUUAGACCUCACUGUGAAUCGAAUGCAAGAACAAAAUACUCAGCAAGGGGAUGGAGUGUUAGAUCUCUCUACAAAGAAAACCAGCAUAAAAUCUGAAGAGUCAUCCAUAUGUGAUCCUUCUUCUGAAAAUUCAAUGGCUGGGAGACUACACAGAAACAGAGAGGACUAUGUGGAAAGAAGUGCUGAGUUUGCAGAUGGUUUGCUCUCAAAAGCUUUGAAAGACAUUCAGUCUGGAGCACUGGACAUAAAUAAAGCAGGCAUACUUUAUGGCAUACCUCAAAAAACUUUACUUCUCCACUUAGAAGCCUUACCAGCAGGGAAGCCUGCAUCUUUUAAAAACAAAACUCGAGAUUUCAAUGAUAGUUACUCAUAUAAAGACAGUAAAGAAACGUGUGCAGUGCUGCAAAAAGUAGCCUUGUGGGCAAGAGCUCAAGCAGAGCGCACAGAAAAAAGUAAACUAAAUCUACUUGAAACCUCAGAAUUAAAAUUCCCAACAGCUUCCACUUACCUCCAUCAGUUAACUCUACAGAAAAUGGUUACUCAAUUUAAAGAGAAAAAUGAAAGCCUACAAUAUGAAACUUCAAAUCCUACUGUACAGUUAAAAAUUCCUCAGCUACGAGUAAGUUCUGUUUCAAAAUCACAACCUGAUGGUUCUGGUCUGCUGGAUGUUAUGUAUCAAGUUUCCAAAACCUCUACAGUCCUAGAAGGAUCAGCUCUCCAAAAACUGAAAAAUAUACUCCCUAAACAGAACAAAAUAGAAUGUUCUGGGCCUGUAACUCACUCAAGUGUUGACUCUUAUUUUCUACAUGGGGACCUCUCUCCUUUGUGUCUUAAUUCUAAAAAUGGAACAGUUGAUGGAACCUCUGAAAAUACUGAAGAUGGAUUGGAUCGAAAAGAUAAUAAGCAGCCCAGGAAAAAACGUGGCCGCUAUCGGCAAUAUGAUCAUGAAAUAAUGGAAGAGGCUAUUGCAAUGGUAAUGAGUGGAAAAAUGAGUGUUUCCAAAGCACAAGGAAUUUAUGGGGUACCUCACAGCACUUUAGAAUACAAGGUAAAAGAAAGAUCUGGAACACUGAAGACUCCUCCGAAGAAGAAACUACGAUUACCAGACACUGGGUUAUAUAAUAUGACAGAUUCAGGGACUGGCAGCUGCAAAAACAGCAGCAAGCCUGUGUAGAUUACUUGUUAGGAAAAUGUUUGUGUGUAUGUGUGUGUGUUUGCGUGUGUGUGCGUAUGUGCACAGGUGUGUAUUUGUGUGUCUAUAUACACACAUGUGGGAAUUACAAAUGCUCACUCUGACAGGAGACAUGAAAUUUUACAGUUCAAAAACCACUUACAUGCCUUUUGAAAAAAAAAGUUUUAUUCAGGGUUUUCACUGUGGACAGAAUUAUAUAGUUGCUUACUUAAUUCUGAUAGUUUGUAUUUAAUCCUUGUAUAAAUAGGUGAAAAAGAUUCAGGUUUUCUUUAGUAGUCAAUAGCAUAAAGCGUUGUGGGAAAACAAGUAAUUGUCAAGUGAAACAUUUUUAUUGGUGAAAGACCAUUCCAGCCAUUCAGUUGAACCAUCUUAUAAUAGAAAUAUGAUAUUAAUAGUUUGCAGACAUUUUAUAUAACAUACUUACAGUUAUUGUAAGUAUGUCAAACAACCAAUCAAAGCUAAAUAGACAGAUAUCUCCAUAGUAAGAAAAAUUAAUAUAUACAGUAUUAUUACACUACAGUGCAUUCUAUGAAAUACAAAAUGCACUCAAGUGCAUCCACCAGGAAGAGAAGAGAAAACCUUAAAGGAUAUGUAUAAUGAAAUUUAAUAUUUAUCAUUUAAUAGUUGAUUUAGCAGGAAGUUGGGGUUUAUAAGGUAUAUACUUUUUAAAAAAAAACUGACACAUAGUUAACCCCAGCAGCUAUAGAAUCCUUUAAUAUAAGAUGGAAUACUAAGAACAAAAAAUAAUUUAAAUUUAAUUAUUAAAAUAAUUUAAUUUUGUUUUUCAUUUGAAAAAUAAGCUAAUGUGUAAGGUUAGAAAAGAAAGUUGGAAUGCAACUUAGAGCAUGUUUAUGAUGUGCACAGAAAAAGCUUGAGAAUGAUCAUUUUGGUUUAAAUGUGCUGGUUAGUUGAUGUUAUGACUACUUUAAAUUUUAAGGAUUGUGAUACACUCCUACUAUUGAAAAACCUCAGUGUAACUUUAAUAUAUUUGCUGCUGUGACAUUUCAAAACAUUUUCAGUUUAUCAAAAUGAAUUACAGAUUUCAUUUUGGUGGGCGAUACAUUAUCAUUUUGCUAAUAACCAAAUUUGCAGUUUGUUCAGGGUCUUGAAUAUAUUUACAGAUGUUUAACACUGAAGCUGUUUUGAACUUUCAGUAAUGUAAACUCUACUAAUUGGGUAGUUAGAAGCUGGGCAGUGCAUUUUAACUUUUACUAGACUCAUAAGAGAGACCAGUAAUUUUUAUAUAGCAGUUUUAAAAUAUGGGUCAAAGUAUCCAUGUUGGAUUUAUGGAGUAUGCAGUUUUAGUGGUAAAAUAUUAUAAAGCAUGUGCCUCCAUAUAAAGAAUGGGGAUUUGCUUUAUAUAUUCAGAAUUCUCCGAGCGCCCCUUUUCUGUUAAAAUUCAGGUUCUGGUCAUUUUUCUAAGCCAGUUUUCGUAAGUCCAAAAGGAAUAAUUAUAGCUGAAUUUUAAAAAUAAGUGCACCUUGUCAAAUACUUGUGUUUUUACACUUGUGUUUGUGUGUAUUUAAUAAUCACAUAUACAUGUAAUACUAAAGAGAUUUUUGGCUAUUACAUUUAAAAACUGCUUACAUAUGUUUAAAGAAACUGAAGAGAAGUUACACAACCAAGCAGUUAUUUGGUCUCUGAGAUCUAUACUGAACCCUCUUCAGCUAUUAAUGUUACCUGCAUACUAGGGUAUGAAUCCUCUUGCUCUUUUUUUGCCCCCCGAAGAAAAUAUACAUAAUAGAUUACAGAACAGCAGAUGUCAGGGUCAUCUUCCUUUUUAAAGAGUUAAGCCAUAUUUUGUGAGGGUCAGAACUUGGAUUAUUUAAUAUAUUUACCCCUUCCCCCACUGAAAAACAAAGGUAAAGUAAAUGUUUCAAAACAAUUUUAUUGACCUCUUUAUACAGAAUUUUACUUGCAAAACUUUGGGGGCUUGAAUGCAUUGCAUAAUAUUUAUAUUGUAUUGAGCUUUUUUAUUCCUCACACUAUAUUUACAUUAAUAAAUUGAUUGAGAAGUUUAUAGUAAAGGGAAACUUACAGAACACUUUUGUAUCAUUUAAAAGAUGACCUGACCAAAAACUUUACAGGAUUCAUAAAUCAGGGAUCAUUUUGCUAUUGACUUCACAGUGAUCAGUAGUUUUAUAGGUAAUAUUAUAGUUAAUUUGCAGCAUUUUAGUACUCGUAUUAUUUAUUUUUGGUCAGAAAUAGUAAAUUAAAUAUUUUUUGAUAGUUUAUAGGUAAUGUUCAACCCAUAACUUUUAAAAGAAACAAAAUGUUUCUAUUAUUGAGUUAACUUUUUGAUUAUACAAACUAGGAAAGGCAGGGAAAUUUAUGGGUUCCCCUUCUCCCCAGUGAUUCUAUUAAGUUGUUCUUUAUGUUAAACUUUCAAAGUACUUUAUAAAUUUAGUUACCAGUUACUAUUUAUUAAUUGACAAUUUUCUGAAAAAUCCAGUUUCAGCAGACUUUUAAUGAAGGUGAAAGCAACCCUUAUGUGCUUUCUACUUAUUUGAAUGUUCCUCAAGUAUUUUAUAUUUUAAAAAAAAAAAGAAGGAAAAAAAACAGUGCCUCUGUUUUUAGAAAACUACUGCUCAGUAAAGUUGUUUAAACCAUUUCUGGUAGCUAAUGACAAUUUUAUAUUAAAUUGUAUACUAACUUUAGUGAGACUGAUUUUUUAGUUGUUUACAGUACAAAUACUUGUAUUUGUUUUUUAAUUGCAGUAUUUCCAUUGUCGCAGUAAUUUGGUAAAACUCUGUGGCUGCCUUGAUUUUGACAGAUUUUGUUAAUAUAAACUGAUUGUUAGGCAAUUAGUUAUUUAUGCAUAAAUCAAUUGCACUAUAAUUCAUGAAUUAUUUAUUACAAUAUUUUCUAAUGAAUUCAUGUAUCUGUCUUGUGUUGUAAAUGUACUGUAAUUCUGUUCCUACUUUGUGUUGUUAUAUAUCUAAAUCUGAUUGUAUGAAUUUUAAUUGUUCAGUUAACGUGUUUCUAGGUUGUAAUUUGUAGUAAAGCACUUCAAUGCUUUUGCACUUAAAUUUACAACACUCUUGGUGUGUGAUUGAUUUACUCAUGCAGUAAAAGAAAAAAAAGAAAAGCAAAGAAAAAAAC